AUGUUCACACCCACCGAUAUCAGCGGCGAGCCGUCCGCGGUCGGCACACAAUGGACGCCGUAUCUGUCGCACCCGGUCGACUUUGGGGCCCAGCACUUUCUCGAGGCCAUGCUCAACGUGAUCAGCCAGCCCAACAUCAACUCGUCGGUGAUCAUGAGAGCCGAUAUCAUUUCUGACUCGCUCAACAUGAUGCCGAACAUCAUGGGCACGGACAAGGCCAAUGAAGGGUUCAUUUUCGAUACCCAUGAAGGACCUGUCGACGACGACAAGAAGGAUACAGACAAGGACAAGAACACUCCAGUUCCUCCGAAUCUGCAGGAUUACGAGCCCCGACAAGUCGAGGUGACUCCCUGUCCAGUCAAACGAGUCAUUGUUCGUCGAAUCAUCCCCCGAAACCCCCAGAACGACUUUUCCGUCAACCAAACAUGCAUCGUCCACUCGGACAAGCCGUUGUGGGACUCUGACGGCAAAGAAACGUCCGAGGGCGCCAAAAUCGCCAUUUCCUACAUUUCGCACCACGACCAUCCCAAGUCGUGUCCCUACUACCUGCCCUGUGUCAAGGCCGUAUUGCUGUACUUUGACGGAAGUGCCAUCUCCGUCUACUACGAAAAGUAUACCGACUACGAGCUCUCGGCCGAGCAGGAGGAACGAUGCGGUCGAAUUGCCCUGCAUCUUCUCCACACUGUGUUCCGCCACUCGUCGGGUCAAAAGGCAGGCUACAAGAAACGGGUGCAUCACGACAUGAUCAUCGACCGAAUCAAGUUCCAGGACAGAUACAUCUACCUGAAGCAAAAGUACGCACAUUCGCUGGUGUCCUCAUGGGUCGAGUCCACAGACCCUCGCAAACACGUGUUUGAAGAUCUUGCCAUCGCCGCCUUUCUCAUCGAGCUGUGGGGCCAGAUGUACAAGAACAAGGACGAUAUUUAUUUCUAUGAUCUGGGCUGCGGCAACGGCCUGCUGGUCAACAUUCUAAUCAAGGAAGGCUACGUGGGCGAGGGAGUCGACGCGCGCGCACGCAAAUCCUGGCAGACCUACGAGCCCGAGGUGACCCAGAAGCUGCUGGAGAAAAUCGUGGUCCCCACGGUUCUUCUGGACCAAAUGGUGGGCCAGGCCCAAUACCUGCCCCCUCACGCUGCUGAGAAGCGACUCGCAGAAGCCAACGGUCUGGCCACGGAUCCCAGAGUGUUCCAGACUGCUGGGCUGCCCGAAAACGCAUUUCUCAUCGGAAACCACUCAGACGAACUCACCUGCUGGAUUCCGCUCAUGGACCGUCCCUUCAUGGUCAUUCCCUGCUGCUCCCACGCGUUGUCGGGCGAGAAAAAACGGUUCCCGCCCACCUCGUCGGAUCCCGAGGAGAAGUCAACGUACCGGUCGCUCGUGGGUCACGUGGAACAGCUGUCGUCGAAAAUCGGCUGGCAGGUAGAGAAGGAGUAUCUGCGAAUCCCGUCCACUCGAAACGCCGCAGUCAUUGGCCGAACCCGCGUCGAGCCCCAGAUGAACAUCUUUGAGAUUCUGUACUCGGAGGGAGGAGGAGAGGGCUGGGUCGAGAGAGCACGAGAUCUCUGUGCAAAAUCCCCGAGGAACCACUAG